AUGGCUUCGUUCGACGAGACAUUCAACCCCGCCGCUCUUACACGGUCGGAUACGAUCACUUCUACAACCAGUACAGCAAAGCCUCCUCCGGGCUCUGCGUCGAAGCAACCGAGAGCGGCCCAAAGCUAUCCUCGGAUUGACCUGGAACCUCUGUACACUGAACUCAAGUCGCUAAUCGGUCACAACUGGGACACAUAUUUCGACGCUAUAACCAGGUUUAUAAGAGGUGAACUCAAUGCACGAGAAUUCGGCGACCUUUGCGAUGUUUUUAUCUACGCGACCCCUCAGACCGAACAUGCCCACAACUCUCUAAUAUUAGCCAUACUAUGUAACACAGGCAAAGAUCCCCCUGAGCCUGGGCUUGCAGCAUGGGUCAGUGCAACAACAGACAAGUCGGCACUGACGUCCGGCACAAAACCCGCAGCUACCAGCGAUGCGAGCGAACAGCGACUCAAGGCCGAAGUGAUGGCCCUACCCGCCCGGGACCGACGACGCAUUAAAGCAGUUGCGAACGACAAGGCAGACGAGGAGGCCGCAGCUCGGAGGAACCCAUAUGAAGACCUUUAUCUGGCUGGCAGGAUCAAGGCACCAGAGACCACUGCAAAUGCAGGUGCAGGAGGACUGACCAAGACCAACUGGGAUUUGGAGAUUAGGAAAAGAUAUUUGCAACCACUUUUCGCAGAGACGCUCGAGUUUCCAGAUACAGCGACGAUACAUUCUCGGAUUGUGCCCAUUUGUUAUGAAGAGUCCAUUGCGCAAGGUUGCUCAAUACAGUGCGCUGAGCUGGUCGGGAUCGCAGCGGAGACAUAUCUAAAAGGUGUGCUGGCCGAGGUCAUGAAUCGAACACGGUCCAAUGGCCCAAGGUAUGAACACAGCGCGGGCGGAACCAUCUUGACGAGCUCAUACAAGAAGAAAAUAGACCGAGAGGAAGAGGAGAUCAAGGCCGGAAAGCUACGAAGGACUCGUGAUGACGACCUGUUACCGGCUGAAGCUCAGGCCGCAUAUGCGAGGCGUCCCCUCGGCAUGGCGGAUCUACAACUUACCGCUCAGGUCGGUCCCUUACCUUGGAAUGCAAUGCCUUCUAUUGGAUAUACCGUGAGCAACGCUUCCGCCGGUUAUGAUCAUGAUCAAUGGCUCAUGGAGCAAGAGCAAGCGGCUGCGGCUGCAGCUGCGACGACAAAUGGACAUGUUACUUCAGCCGAGGAUAAUAUGGAUGUCGACAGUACCGACAACUAUGGCUGGGAAGGUGCUGGGCCACAGGACAGAACGGGUCUGGAUUCUGUCCUUGCUGAUUGUCUGGCCAUUCGUGUGUAG